UAUAAAAUAUAACCUUAACGUUAUAACCUUAACGAAGAUCAUCGAUUGAUGUAUUGUACUAUAUUUUUAUAUCAACAGAAACUCCAAUGCAUGCAAAAAAUAUCGUGAAUAAAUUCAUUUUUUUUUUCAUAUUGUUAAUCGAAUUAUUGCUAUCACGAAAAGUUUCGAUUAAAAAAUGUUUUUUGCAAAAUCUUCGUCCCGUUUUUGACCCCAUUUCGCAAAUUUCUUCCACAUAUUACAUAUAGUUGGCUUACUUUGUUCUACACCACGUUAAAAAGUUCUUUUAAGAAACCCGUAAUGAUUCUUCGGUAUUCUUUGAAAGAAGCAAAAAUCAGCAAAUAUGUCGAAUUUGAUUCAUCAAAUGGUCAACAACUGCAAUGAGCUUUUGGAUACUAAUAAUAAAAAUAAUAAAGAAAUCAUAAUAGAUACAUGGCCCAUGAUGUAUUCCCCAGGUCCUAUAUUAUGCAUCGUAGGCUGCUAUCUAGCAUUCGUUUUGAAAGUUGGACCGAAAAUGAUGGAGAAGAGGUCCCCUUUUCAAUUGAAUUUCUUGUUACUCGCUUACAACGUGAUCCAAGUGAUAUUCAAUAUCUGGUUAUCACUCAAAGCAUUAGAACCCAGUGUGGUAUCAAUUUUAUUAUUACCUAAAUGCCAAAAUCCAACAUCUCUGAAUUUAAAUACGAAAAAUACGAUAUCGUCAGCUGCCUGGUGGUAUUUCAUCGCAAAAAUAAUGGAUCUUCUUGACACGGUUUUCUUCAUACUUCGAAAAAAACAAAAUCAAGUGACAUUUCUACAUGUUUACCAUCACACAAUAACCUCAAUAUGCUCAUGGUUGUAUGUCAAAUUCCUGCCAGGCCAACAAGGUGCUGUGAUCAUUUUCUUAAAUUCUUUGGUACACGUCAUCAUGUAUACGUAUUAUUUGAUCUCCGCUUUGGGUCCUAAAUACAAAAAAUAUCUUUGGUGGAAGAAAUACAUGACCUGGAUUCAAUUGGUGCAAUUUUUCAUAUUACUCGCUUACGAAUUGACAAUUCUCGUUUUGGGCUGCAAAGUGCCAAAAGCUUUGUCGUGUUUUGUUUUGACCAAUUUAGUGAUUUUCAUCUAUUUAUUCAGUGAUUUUUAUCGAAAAGCUUAUGCGAAACAGAAAGUUUAAUUUUUUUGAAGAAUUAUUGAUUCGAUGUUUUGUUGAUAAAAUAGUAACUGAAUAUACAAUACAUCAUUUAAUAAUAAAAAAGAAAAAAAGUGUUUAUGAAAUAAUGAGAAAAAAAAAGAAAAAAAUAGAAAAAAGGAAAAUGGAAUUAAU